AUGCCGCCCUGCCUGCCCUCACAGGACGGGGUGUGGCAGCACCCGUUCCUCAACGUCUUCAGACACUUCAAAGUGGACGAGUGGAAGCGGUCUAGUAAGGAGGGCGACGUGGCUCCUGUGACGGAUAAGACUCUCAAGUGCACCGUGUACCGCAUCCGGGGUUCUGUCUCUGCCAGCAAUUACAUUCAGCUCCCCAAAACCAGCACCCAGUCCCUGGGGCUGACGGGACGGUACCUGUACGUGCUCUUCAGGCCGCUGCCCCCCAAGCACUUCGUCAUUCACCUGGAUGUGGCCACCGAGGACAGCCAGGUCGUCCGUGUGUCCUUCUCCAGCCUUUUCAAGGAGUUCAAGUCUACGGCCACGUGGCUUCAGUUUCCCUUCAUCUGGGAGGCCGGGACGUCCAGGAAAGACCUGGCUGGCGUUGCCCCCUCUGGCGCCCGCUGGACAUGCCUGCAGCUUGACCUGAAGGACAUCCUCCUGCUCUACCUGAACCGGCCUUACGGCCACCUGAAGAGCGUCAGGCUGUGUGCCAGUCUGCUCGUCAAGAGUCUCUACACCAGCGAUCUGAGCUUUGACCCUGCUGUCACCCUUGCGGAGGCCCAGCGGGCCAAGCUGCCUGUCACCCCGGUACCUCGGGAAAUGGCAUUCCCAGUGCCCAAAGGGGAGCGCUGGCAUGAGCACUACGUCCACAUCCGGUUUCCAAGCGUCAGCUCUAGAGCCUCUUCCCAGGCGGCUCCGAAGAGCCACUCCCCUCCCGAGACAGUUUUCCAGGGGCGCGAGCUGGGGCUUCUCCCUCACCAGGUGGCCUUCAGUAGUCCUUUCCUGGACAGCGUGUCCCCGGUGGCCCAGAUGAUCGGCCCCACAGCCUCUCACCAGGCCCCGUCCGUGCCCAGGCCUCUUCCAGAGGUCGGCUUGUUCUGCGAGCGCCCGGAGGUCCGCAGUACGAAUGGCUCCGGUGACCAUAGCCGGGAGCCCUCAGCCAGGGCGAAGGUCACUGACAAACACGCAGCUGGCAACGGCAUUCACACGUCUGCCCCGGAGUCAGCCAUGGUGCCCGUGGCCCUGGAGGACGUGGCCCUUGGCGAGGGUCCCGGCAGAAAGCAGAGCAGUCAGGACAUGGCUUUGGGCGACGCUGUCUUCCAGCGAAGAAGCUUUCUCCCGGAUCCCGUCCUGAGGCUCACAGGGGUCAUUGGCUUUGGAGGCCACAGUACCAAAUGGGCCCUGUGGACUGAGGACGGGGCUGCUGUGGUGUACCCCUGCCACGCGGUCAUUGUUGUCAUGUACACGGACACCCGCAAGCAGCGCUUCUUUCUCGGCCAUACUGACAAGGUUUCUGCCCUGGCGCUGGAUGGGAGCAGCUCACUGCUGGCCUCAGCCCAGGCCCGGCCCCCAAGCAUGCUGCGCCUGUGGGACUUCCAGACUGGAGGGUGCCUGUCCCUGUGCCGGAGCCCGGGCCACGCCCUCUGCUCCCUGAGCUUCUCCAGCAACGGGGCGCUGCUCUGCGGCGUCGGCAAGGACCCCCACGGGAGAACGGUGGUAGUGGCCUGGGGCACAGAGCAGGUGAGACGAGGCGGUGAGGCCGUCCUGCUCGCAAAGACACACACCGGUGUUGACAUCCAGGCAUUUAAGGUUGCCUUUUUCGAUGAAGCCAGGAUGGCGUCGUGCGGGCAGGGCAGCGUGCGGUUGUGGAGGCUGCGAGGUGGGGAGCUGCGUUCCUGCCCCGUGGACUUGGGGGAGCACCGCGUGCUGGAGCUGAGUGACCUGGCCUUUGGGCAGGCCCAGGACGGCCAUACUCUCUACGUGUGCGGCCGCAGCGGCCACAUCCUGGAAAUCGACCACCAGAGCAUGGCGGUGCGGCACGUGUGUCGCCUGUUGCCCACACAGACCCCUGGCAGUGACCUCUCACAGAAGCAGACCUCAGGUGCGGGCCCUGGCAUUCCCAUCAGCAGCCUCAGCAUCUCCGGGGCCACAUGCGCCGUGGGCUCCGACGAUGGCUACCUACGCCUCUGGCCCCUGGACUUCUCCUCUGUGCUCCUGGAGGCAGAGCACGAGGGCCAGGUCACUGUGGUCUGCGUCAGCCCUGACGGUCUGCGUGUGCUGUCCGCCACCUCCUCGGGCCACCUGGGCUUCCUGGACGUCCCAUCCCGGGAAUACAACGUGCUGACUCGCUCCCACACUGCGCCGGUGCUGGCCCUGGCCACCGAGUGCAGCCAAGGGCAACUGGCCACCGUGUCCCAGGACCACACUGUCCGCGUCUGGGACCUGGCGACCCUGCAGCAGCUGUACGACUUGAGGUCCCCGGAGGAGACCCCGUGCACCAUUGCCUUCCACCCCACACGGCCAGCCUUAUUUUGCGGCUUUGGCAGCGGGGCCGUCCGCUCCUUCAGCCUGGAGGCCGCCCAGGGUCUAGUGCAGCAGCACAGGUGUCACCGAGGAGCCGUCACCGGCCUGGCCGUCAGCCCCGACGGCAGCUUCCUGUUCAGCUCCUGCUCUUGGGGCACCUUGGCCCAAUACUGCUGCUCCACUGCCCAGUGCCGUGUCCUGCGUGUGACAGUUGACGUGGUGUGCCGCGAGGCCUGCCCAACCCCCAGUGCCCUGGUGGUUAGCAGGGACAGCCGUCUGCUGGCUUUCGUGGGCCCCUCCAAGUAUGAGGUGACCGUCAUGAACACAGUCUCACUGGAAGAGCUGCUGCGAGUUGAUGUCAGUGCCCUAGACCUGGCCAGCAGCCGCCUGGACUCAGCAGUGGCCAUCUGCUUUGGCCCUGUACCCCCUGGCCACCUGCUGGUGUCCACGUCGUCCAACACGGUGGUGGUGCUGGAUGCAGAGUCCGGCCGCCUGGUCCGGGAGCUGUCGGGGGUCCACUCUGUGUCCUGCCCCUCCCUGGCGCUCAGCAGGGAUGCUCGCUUCCUGCUGACGGCCACUGACCGGGCCAUCAAGGUGUGGGACUACUCGGCGAAGGCCAGACCAGGCUGCCAGGUCUACAUCGGCCACUCCGAGCCCGUGCGCGCUGUGGCCUUCACCCCCGACCAGCGGCAGCUCCUCAGCGUGGCGGAUGCCAUCUUCGUCUGGGACAUUCUGGGUGCCCCUGAGAGCUCACCCCCAGGAAGGCAAGUGCCGCCUUCGACCUGCGUCCACCGGCCUCCGGCUACCCCCUCCCCACCUGACACUCGUGUUGCCCCUGCAGUGCUGGAGGCUCACCUGGGGCACCCCCGACCUGCGAGGCUAGUGAGUGGCCCCACCAUGGGGGCGGGCUUUGUGGUGAUCUCUGGGACCGGCUCUGCAGUCCCUGUGGGUGCGUUCUCCACGGCAGAUGAAGAAGGACCCCCUGAGGAGAGCCACAGCCCUGCAGGGCUCCCACAGGCCUCCAGUUUGCCCAUGCUGGUGAAAGAGGCCAGCGGGGCUGGAGACGGGCCCUAUGGGGCUUCCGGGGGCCCCUGGGGCUUCAGCAUGGGUCCCCACCCCCGAGGCUGGGCCCGUGCUCGGAGCGCCUCCAGAGCCCCGGCCCGUCCGUCUGCUCGCCCAGACUGCUACAGGCACUUCACAGCUCGCUACAAGGCUUCCCCGCUGGUCAAGAGUACCUCUGUCCCCAGUGUCCGCGCUGAGCUUCUGCUCCUCAAGGCCGUCGUGGGCUACAACGGGAACGGACGGGCCAAUGUGGCCUGGAAGCCAGACACAGGCUUUUUCGCCUACACGUGUGGCUGCCUGGUGGUUGUGGAGGACCUGCAUUCUGGCGCCCAGCGGCACUGGCUCGGCCACCCCGAGGAGAUCUCCACGCUGGCCCUCAGCCACGGUGCUCAGAUCCUGGCCUCUGCCUCAGGCCGUGGCCGCACAGCCUCCCGCUGCCAGAUCCGAAUCUGGGAUGUUCCUGGGGGCUCUUGCCGGCAGCUCCUCUCCCAUCACGACACCGCCGUGCAGGCGCUGGCCUUUUCGCCCGACGACGCGCUCCUCGCCACACUGGGGGACUAUGGUGACUGCACGCUGGCCCUCUGGAGCAUGGCCACCUAUGAGCUCCUGUCCUCGGUCCGCCUGCCGGAGCCAGCACACGGUGUGGCCUUCAGCCCCGGGGACGCCAGCGAGCUCGCCUGCGUGGGCCAGGGUGCCAUCACCUUGUGGCUUCUGCAGCAGCGUGGCGCCGACGUCCGCUUCCAGGUGCACCGGGAGCCCAUCCCAGAGGAGGUGGGGGCCGGCGAGCUGACCUCGCUCUGCUACGGGGCCACACCGCUGCUCUACUGCGGCUCAAGUGCCGGCCGGGUGUGCGUCUGGGACACACGUGCCAGCCGCUGCCUCCUGUCCUGGGAAGCGGACGACGGCGAGAUUGGGGUGCUGCUGUGCUCAGGCGUGCGGCUGGUCAGCGGCAGCAACACCAGGCGGCUGCGCCUGUGGGCGGUGGGGGCCGUGCCGGAGCUGAGGCGCAAGGGCGCCCGUGCCAGGUCCAGCUCUGUGUUCAUGGAGCGCGAGCUGACCUUGGAUGGGGCCGUCGUGAGCGCGGUCUUCCACGACAGCAUGGACAUGGGCGUGGCAGGCACCACGGCGGGCACGCUCUGGUACGUCAGCUGGGCCGAGGGCACCGGCACCCGCCUCAUCAGUGGCCACAGGAGCAAGGUGAACGAGGUGGUUUUCAGCCCCAGCGCGUCCCACUGGGCCACGUGCAGUGACGACGGGAGUGUGAGAGUGUGGUCCCUGGCCAGCAUGGAGCUCCUGAUCCAGUUCCAGGUGCUGAACCAGAGCUGCCUCUGCCUGGCCUGGAGCCCUCCGUCCUGCGGACACCCCGAGGAGCAGCAGGUGGCGGCAGGCUACAGCGACGGCACGCUGCGCGUCUUCAGCAUCCCCCGAAUUGCUAUGGAACUUAAGAUGCACCCCCACCGGGCAGCACUGACGGCCAUUGCCUUCUCUGCCGAUGGUCAGACCAUCCUCUCCGGAGACAAGGAUGGGCUUGUGGCUGUGAGCCGCCCCCGCACAGGGACAACCUUCCGAGUGCUGAGCGACCACCGGGGCGCGCCGAUCUCCACCAUACAGAGCACGCGCAAAGAGUACAGAGACUUAGGGGCAGCGGGUGCCGACCUGUGGCUGGCUGCCAGCUCGGACCAGCGAGUCAGCAUCUGGGCCUCCGACUGGCCACGUGGCCACUGUGAGCUCUUGGACUGGCUGAGCUCCCCUUCCCCCACCCUCACGGAGUUUCCCACCCAUCCGCCGCCCUCUCUUGUUGCCUUCUGCCCCUGGGAUGAGGCGCUCCUGGUGUGUGCGGGCCUCGGCGUGCAUCCGGAGGUGGCCUUCUACAGCCUCCGCCAGAAGCAGGUGGUGGAGAAGAUCCCGCUUCCUUUCUUUGCCAUGUCCCUGAGCCUGUCCCCUGGAGCCCACCUCAUGGCCAUCGGCUUUGCUGGGCGUAUGCUGAGGCUGGUGGACUGUGAGUCAGGGGCCGUGCAGGACUUUGCUGGCCAUGACGACUCGGUGCAGCUCUGCAGGUUUGCUCCGUCGGCCCAGCUGCUCUUCUCAGUGGCCCACGGUGAGAUCCUGGUGUGGGAAGUCACAGGCCACUGGGCCACAGAGGUGUGGCAGAGAAGCUGAGCUGUCCCAGGGCCUCCUGCUGAGCCAAGAUGGCUUCUAGGCCAGGUGUCUCCACAUCAGACGGACCUGCGGCUGUAAAUUGUCAAGACCCUGAACUUAACGGAAAGUGCUCUUGAUCUGAGGGCUUUUCUAUGCUUCCACCCCGUAAGGUCCAAAUAAAUGUGGCUGUUGCAUUCUGG